UUAUAUAUACAAGGGUUAAGGUGGUGUUACAGACUCAUAAUCUUAUAAACCAUCAGAUAUGCAUUUAAAUUCUGGAAGAGAGAUGACAUGGUGCUCUCAUUGCGGAAAGAAUUGUGAGACAUCUCGUGAUUAUACCACCAACAAUACAUCUUGUGUUGAUUGUGGGAAAGUUCUAUUUGAAGACAUAUUUACUGAGGAGGCUACCUUUGUUACAGAUGCAGCAGGAGGGGCUCAUCUGACAGGCAACUUUGUAAGAUUUGGAGGUGCUUGCUUUGAGUCACAGAGAAGAACCUUGCGGAAAGGGAAUGUUGCAACUAAUAAGUUGAUAUACAAGAACAGGAUCACCAAAGUUUCACAUGCUACAAGGCACUAUAAGGGAAGAGAGACAAUAUGGUGCCCUCAUUGUGCACGGAAAGGUGGGACAGCUCAUGAUCGUACCACCAGCAGUGUACAUUGUGUUGAUUGUGGGAAAGUGUUGUUUGAAGAGAUAUAUACCGAGAAUGCUACUUUUUUUAGAGAUGCAGCAGGAGGGGUGAACCAGAAAGAUGAGAGAAAGCAAGCAUUGGAUGCUAAACACCUGAAGCCUGUCCAAACUGCUUCAGAAGCAGCUGGUCAAUUGUCUUUGAAGAAGAUGCAGAGAUCAAGUUCAAAAAUCAAUUAUGAUGUAUUAAACACACUCUUUGGGGGGAAUGAGCCAAAUCCAAUGAAUUGCAGCUAUGCUAUUGGGAAAGAACCCAUGAAUGGAGAUGAUGAAACAGAAGAAGAUGAUUAUAGCGAGACCGAAUGGAGGAGCUACGAUAACGAACAAGAGUCUUGUAGUUAUGAUUAUGAUUAUGAUUAUGAUUAUGAUGCUGGAGAUGAGAAUGAUGAUUAUUGAUCGAUCACAACAACGUUGACUUUUUACGACGAUGAGGUAAAAAGUCAGUUUUUCGGCUUUUCUUUUAAUAGUUAAAUUAUUUACCCUUGCCUAAGGCAAAAGGUUGAAAUCACAAGGAAAUUUUGAGCCACAAUUUUCUUACAAUAUAUUUAUGAUCCUUGAAUUUG